UUUACGUUUGUCCGCAAUUCACACAUAUAGCAGCACAUAUAAUGUACAUUAAAUAUUCAAGAAGCAGUUCCAAUUCAAUGCAAUGAAGCGAGCUCCAUGGCCAAAAUGUGUGCGUUUUUGCGGGGGAGGGUGGGCUCUGUUCAGUGAUCCGUGAUUCAGAGAUUGUGUGUGUGUACGUAUAGUGCUGUGGUUUUUCGCAAGAAUUUAUGGAGUUCAAGCAGACAACAACGGUGGAACGCGGCUCACGGUUAGCAGAAAUGUGGUGGUGCUGAUAUUAUUUUUUGAAUUUUGUGCGAAUAUUCAAUCUCACAAUCCCAGAUCCCUAGGGGAAGGGAUUCCAGGGAGUCCGGCGCAGUUGUGCAGGAAGAAAAGCAAGUAGAAAAUCCAUUCCCUUGCUGUAAAAAGUGGAUCUAAUCGAUUAACGCACAUUGGUUCAAAUUGAAUUUGCUUGCUUCGUGGCAGAAUAGUAUGGCAGGGGGAAUAUUUGGAUAAAAUUUCCUUUUUUUCAGUUGCGCAAAUAGCCAAGUGUAAGAAGAAAUCCCAGAUCCAGCAGAAAUCGGCAGCAGCAUGUGUUCUCUGUUAGUGUGUGCAUGUGCUCGAGAAGCUAGUGUGCUGAUUUUCCGGUAAAUUUUGGUUCGGAUUUCGUCGAUUAAUUAGCAGAUUUGCCUAGUGAUUGAAACCAAUGACGUGCGAAAGCCAGUGAAUCGUUUCCAAAUGUUGUGGCAUGUGGGUGAAAUUUCGUUCGCUUUCUCGCUCUUUCAUGUGGAAGACCAAAGAGGUGAUCGAUAAUCGGUCAUUUGAUGCGAUAUUAGACAAAUUUAGAAAAAAAAAGGAAUACCUAAUAAAUAUCACAAGUGAAUUGAACAAAGUGAAUUAUCUGAAACAGAGAGGAGAUAAUUGCUUUCAAUACGGAUCAUCAUCAAAACGAGCAUUAGCAGCCAAUUCAAUUGACAAGGAAAUCCAGUGCUCAACAGUGAAACGAAACCAGUGACGAACGAGUCACUAAAGAAGAUCAGGACACGGUCAUCGGACGUCGGUAUACUGAUUCCCUAGCAACGUUUUUCAGUGAAAACGAUGAAAAAAGUGGUAGAUAUUAAAAACACUGAAGUGUUCUGGUCCCAUCCGAGAGCGUCGUUGGACGGUCAUACACAUACAAAAGGUGAGACACGGUAUUAGGAUCGGUGAAAAAUUGCACCAUUAAACUUGUUUUAGUGGUCAUAUCUGAGGGUAGAGUGGUGGGAAACGAAAAGAAGAGAUUUGGGUGGCACGUUCGCUCUGUAUGCUCGACCCGGUGCAGUGCCGAGCCCUAGCUUGUGUGAUCCCAUCAGGGGAAAAGUUCCGAACCAAAGGCAGUACGGUAGAAGCUACUUGAGCAACAACCAGGAUUAGCUACGUGUGUAGAGUCGCUUGAUGCCGGAGGACUUUGUAUGUGUGCCCUCGGUAAGUGAAUCUGGGCCGACUCCUGUCUCAGUCCCUGUGUCGAGCCAACUGCACAGCACUACAAAUACCAACAAAACGAAAAACCAAGGUGAUAAAUCUUUGAGAUUUCCAUCAUAAAUAACACCUCCUUUUUGCUGGCUGUGGAGACCUCCUUCAAACGGCUCUUGUGCUCGAGUGACAUGAGCAUGAAACUGUAUGUGGAUGCUGAUUUCGAAGAAUGAGAAAAGGGUAUCUGAAAAGAUCGUUGAAGAACAAAAAAACCAGUUUGAUUUGAGCAAAACACAUUACGAAGGACGUUAUGUACAACUCGGUUGGACGGUUGGUUUUCCACAGCUUUUAGUAUUGGGACUAUCCCUUGUGUUAAAUAGAAACAAAGGUGGUUAACAGCUGAUAGACGACAAGACUAUCCUGAUCCUGGAGAGUUGAAGAACAUAAGUUAAUGACACUAAAGGCACAGUUGUGACUGGUUUUUCUUUCGACAUUUGCUGGCUACUUAUUCAUAAAUAACGCGGUGUGAAAGGAAAACUGAAGGGAUCCACAUGGUGAAAUUUUCUGGAAAAAGAUGAAAAACUGAAAGAAAAUAGUUUUGUGAAGACUGUAAUACCAGAAAGAAAAGAAGAGAAAAAGUACAUCGAGCGAGCAAACAAGGCAAGUGCAAAAAGUGAAUUCACCGUAUGAAAAGAUUUGACGUGUUGGGGAGAGAAAAGUUUUUCUAUGAUUUAAAACAGGCAAAAGAACAACACGAGAUACCGCUACAACGUGGUUUUCAAAUUUAUAUAAAAACAUUCGCGUCCCAAGAUCAUCAUCAUCAUCAUCAGCGACAGCAUCUGUGUUGUGUGUAUCUGUCUACUUGACAAGAUGUGGAAAUGAAGAUAAAGGAUACAUCACAGCAGCAACAGCAGCAGCAUCGUCACCGUUGUUGUCGUAAUGAGUGAAGUUACGUUGGAGCAGCGCAUCCAUCAUACAUAGGAUUUUUAUAGCAGAGAAUGUUUCCAUAGCAAUGGGAAAAGCCGCGCGACGGUCAGUUGCGUCAGAUCCGUCGUCGCCGACCUUGUCCUUUUUGCAUUCUUCAACCACGUCAUCAACUGGCGCAACAUCAUCCUCCGGACCAGCUCUAGCAUCCACAUCCACAUUCACUAGCUCUUCCUUCUACAGCAGCCGAAGCAGCAGCAGCUCAUCACCUCCAUCGUCGUCCUAUCAUCCACCAAAAACCGCAACACUCCAAUCAGCGCCGUCGCCCUCGUUGGCAGCAGCGAAUUCCAACGCUCUUGAUCCACUGUCGGACUCCACAGGACCUUUCUAUACGUCAACCACAACCCCAAAGCACACGACACCGACGUUUAGCAACCAAACGCAGGCGGACCGGGAUCGGCAGCGACAGAGGAUGGAAUUCUUCGCAACGUACGACGUGAUGACCGGCGUCCGGAUAGCGGCCACCCUCGGUGGCUUCUUUGGCCUUAUGGUGUUCCUGGUGAUCUACAAAAGCCGGACCCGAUCGACGGCGAAUGCUUUGAAGGAUCCAACGAUAGCAGCCGUUGCGGCGGCCGUCAUCGAAGAGGAGGAAGAACGUGAACUACAGGAAGCAAUUGAAGCAACGGCCUUUUCCCUGCUACAGGAAGAACUGUACAUAAACUAUCCGGGCUUGAAGCGAGACCGCUUGCUCUCGUUGGGGAACGUCAGCGCUCCACCGAUGCUCAAUCGAAAUUCGAGAUUUUCUUCCGUUGCCGGUGGGUACAGUAGUUUGCUGAAUCCACCGCGACGGUAUUCCUAUGCGAGCAGCCGAGGUCAUCGGAAUAGCGUAUCGGUGUCGUCUCGAAUUCUCAGUGCCUACAAUAUGGGCGAAAGUUUCGGCCAGGAUGAUUAUUUCCCGGAAAGCGACGGCGAAGAAGCCGACGAUGAAUUCGAUCAGUUCACGACAACGGCUGACGUGGGUUAUCCACCGGGGAAUUUCCUAUCCGUGCCCGGGAGGGGAAACGAGUCACGUCGAAGCAGUGCAAUGACUUGUUGCAGUACGGAGAGUUCAUUCCUGGAGCGACGGUGCUCUGCCAUUACGCUAGGAUUAUCCUCGUUACCACCGAUAUCGCGGUCACCAUCGCGACAACAUAGUCGCGAGGAUCGUAGUCAAACGAUGAACGGAUCCACACUAGGGGCAACCUGUGCGGACUGGGAUGCGUUCUAUCCCGGGAUCAAUAUUAUCGAAGCAACGCCGAAAUCAUCGCCAUGUCCCAGCGAACGGGUGGCGCACAGAUCAACGAGCCUAUCAGCUCGUGACAGUUUUACCAGUAGGAAGCAUCGACUUUACGACGAUAGCUCGAUCGAUUGUAUAUCCGAGUAUCCCGAUACGAAUGGUGCUGAAUUUAACCAUAGCCAAAAACCACUACGACAGAGUUAUAACAGUAGCAGUAGAAUAGAUGAUAUUAGUAUAGCAAACCAUAAUCCUAGCAGUAAUGUUGUUGUGCGUAGAGCUCCUCUGGCAUCUCUCAGUUCCUUCAAGAUGUCGUCGGCGGACUGCCAGGAUAGUGAUUUGCACAGCUGUGGGUCGGACUCGGUGUUUGACGACAGCUGUGCAGAUACCGACGAAGAUCUGCAACAGUUCAGCACCGAUAGCGAUGAGCUCAGUAUUCCAGACGAGGGCGAAUGUUCCGUAGCACCGGUGGUGAUUAAGGUGGCCGGUCCUAGUACGUCUGUAACCUAUUCCGUUGAAACGACAGCGACCGGUGGUACCGGUGGUGCACAUAGCAGUAGCAGUAGUAGUGCUAAUCGGAUACCGCAGAUACGGCAACAACAGCAGCAGCAGUGUGAUGUUAGUAGUGGUGCCGCCAGUGAUACCGUUUAUGUCGAUAUCGAAAACCCUAAUGAUACUAGUUGUUUAAGUAGUCUUUCAAAUAGUAAUCGUCAUGGUAAGGCCAAGCUGAAAACCGAUAAAGUGAAUUUAGUGACUAAAAUCGAAACAAAAGCAAUCAUCGAAAGACAGCAACAAAAUGACAACCGGGAUCGAUCUUCGGCGCUGGCGGUGUCACAGCCACCCGGGACUUCAGGUCCGUCUGCGGCAGCCGGCGGAAGAAGCACUUUGCCUAGUAAUCAAUCAUCUAGCGGUCAUUCAAGUAGCCAUAAAAGUAAGAAAAACAAUAAUACUAGCUCUAGCAAAACUAAUAAUAAUAACGACGAUAAUAGCAAUCAAGUUGAGGAGGAGAGUAAUACUAAAUGCGUUGAAGUUAAUGUUAUAAUCAAAAACCAUAGCAGUAAUAUCAAAAGCCCUUCUGUGAUUCUCGAGCUACCAAUACUAACGAUAGACGAGGAUAGCUCCCAGUCGCCACUGUCACCGGUGGAUCCUUGCGGACAAGGUCCCUCGCGAAAGUGGUCCAAGGAGACGCUAUUCUAGUUGCAACGGUUUCGGCUGCCACUACUGUCCCUCAUCAGCCUGUACUCUCUACACACAAGCACACAUCACAUGAAGCGAAAACCUUGGGAAAUCCGAAAAGUGUCAGAGCCAUUUCGCUAUCACUCAUCAUACUCACUCUAAACAAGAAACAACAACUGAUUCUAGUAUCUAGCAAUCUAUCGAUCCGUCCAAAUACUUCUCAAUCCGUGUGAACUCGUUGAACGUGACGUGACGCGAAGGUGUCACAGUGUUUAAAAAAUAUUCCAGCUUCAAUUUAGAAAUCGGUGACGUCGGGGCGAACACACGCCCGUAGAAGAUUGUUGCUGGGAAAAU